ACAUCGUGUGGUUGCUGAAUGAUUUCAACACUCCAUCUCAACCACAUCUCAUUAUUUUAGGAAGGUUUUGAAGGCAAUAUGUCGUCUAUCCAAAGAACUAAUUACUCCACCUUCAUUUGAUGUAACUCCUCCACAAAUUCGAUUCGAUCCAAGAUACUAUCCAUUUUUUAAGAAUUGUGUUGGAGCUAUAGAUGGGACUCAUAUUUCUGCGCAUGUUCCAAUUGAUGAACAAAUACCAUAUCGAGGUUGAAAAGUGGAUACAACUCAGAACGUUAUGUGUGUAUGUUCAUUUGACAUGAAGUUCACAUACGUUGUCCCUGGAUGGGAAGGAUCAGCUAAUGAUGCACAGAUUAUUCUAGAAUGUGCCACAAACCCAGAUUAUGGAUUUCCAAUGCCGCCCCAAGGAAAAUAUUAUCUUGUUGAUUCUAGCUAUACAAACAUGCCUGGUUUUCUUUCGCCAUACCGAGGGGAAAGGUAUCAUUUGGGCCAGUACACAGAUCUUAAUCCCAUAGGAAAAAAAGAGCUUUUCAAUUAUCGACACUCUUCCUUGAGAAAUGUCAUUGAGCGGUGUUUCGGCGUGUUGAAGGCCCGUUUUUCAAUCCUAAAGCAAAUUCCUUCAUAUGAUCUAAGAAUACAAAAGUACAUUGUCAUUGCUUGCUAUGGGAUUCAUAAUUUUAUAAGGACAAAUGCAGAAGCAGAUGUAUAUUUUGAUGGAGGUGAAGGAAAUUCUGAAGUACAUACCACUACUUUACAAAGCACGGAUGGAACUUUGACUGAUAGUGUAGAGUUCAGUAUUUCUAGAACUCAUAUACGUGAAAUGGCUCAUGUUCGUGAUGAAAUUGCUGACCAUAUAUGGAGAGCUAGUCGACGAUAGUGAGAUUGAGUAAAGACAUUAGUUGAUUGUUCUGACUCGUUUAAUACUUUACUUUAAGUUUGAACAAUUAUCAGUUCAUAUGUUUUUAUUUUACUAUGUAAACUUUCUUGAUUUUGUGUUAUUUCGUGGAUAGAUAUUAAGUUUUGAAAUUUGAGAUUA